AUGGCAACUAGUUGUAAUAUCAGAGUUAUUGCUAGGUUUAGACCAUUGAAUGCAAGGGAGAAGAGUGGUGAUCAAGAUCAGGUGGUCGUACAAUUUCCGGGUGAGGGAACACAGUUGAUUAUGAAUCAGGGUGGAAAUCAAGUACCUUUUACAUUCGAUCGUGUAUUUCCACCUGACACACAUCAAGAAGAGAUUUUCGAAAUAGUAAAGAGUACUGUUGAUGAUGUCUUAAAUGGAUACAACGGUACUAUAUUUGCAUAUGGACAAACUGGUUCUGGAAAAACAUUUACAAUGUUUGGAUCAGAAGAUAAAGAUCCAGAGUUAGCAGGUAUCAUUCCAAGAACGAAUGUUCAUAUAUUCAACAAGAUUGCAGAGGAUACAUCGGGAUCGGAAUUCACUAUAAAGUGUUCGUUCGUAGAGAUCUAUAUGGAGAUUAUCAAGGAUCUUUUGAAUCCAAAGAAUACCAAUUUGAAGAUAAGAGAAUCGAAAGCCAAUGGAAUUUGGAUUGAAGGAUUGACAGAGGAGUUUGUUGCCGACGAGCAUGAAAUCAUGGAUCUGAUUGCGUUGGGUGAACAAUCACGUUCCGUCUCCAAAACCAAUAUGAAUCAGCGAUCGUCUCGUUCGCAUUCACUGUUGAUUCUGACGAUCGAACAGAAAUCAAAGGACGGUUCCAUCAAGCGUGGAAAGUUGAAUCUCGUCGAUUUGGCGGGUUCUGAAAAGGUCGCCAAGACCGGUGCAGAGGGACAGACUCUUGAGGAGGCAAAGAAGAUCAACCAGUCGUUGUCUCUGCUCGGUAAUUGUAUACAUGCUCUGACAGAGUCGAAGCGUGAGCACAUUCCGUUCCGUGAUUCCAAGCUCACUCGUAUCCUACAGGAAUCUCUCGGUGGAAACACCAAGACAACGUUGAUGAUUACAGCUUCUCCACAUGUUUCCAAUGUUGAAGAGACAAUCUCCACUUUGAAAUUUGGAUCGCGUGCAAAGACCAUUAAGAAUACCGUUAAAGUCAACUCUCAAAAGUCGGCAGCUGAACUACUUGCUAUCAUUGGAGUACUCACUAAAGAACUGUCGAGUUUGAAGCACUAUUCGCUGUCACUGGAAAAAUUGGUGGAGUAUAUGAAGUCGCCAGAAUAUAUACCGGGAUCGCCAAUACCCGAGCAGCUGCUAUGUUUGGCCGCACCGCCACCACCUGCUGCCACCAGUCCAACUACCACAGCCACCAGUAACAAUAAUACAUCUACACCCAGUAAAGCAAGCAAUAGACAUUCGACAGCUCUGACAUCGUCGCCAGUGAGUUCGCCAGCAGGCAGCGCGUCACACCGUCACAGUGUUGCCUUGUCGACGCCACUUGUAAACAGUCUGGCAGCUGCAAGUGCAGGUGUUGCCAAUGGAAGUGGUGGACGAACAUCACCUUCCUCAGAGAAUGGUACCCCUUCGUUGUAUGACCCAAUGGCAAUGGUCGAGUUGACAAUGCAAAUCGACAGAAUCAAAGAGGAGAAUCAACAGUUGGUCGAUAAAUUCAAGGAUGAACUCUCAGAGAUUACCAUGCAAUAUGAAUCUACGAAGGAGGAGUUGCAACAAGUUCGAUCACAACUCGAAGUAACAAAGGAAUCAAUGAGAAAUGCCGACCAAGAGUCAAAGAGCUACAAAGACGCUGAGAGAAGCUUGAAGGUGGAAGUAGAGAAUCGUGAACUUCGCAUUACUUCACUCAGCCAACAAGUUGACGAUUUGAGAAUACUGGCAUCUCAAGUGAUUCAUCGACUCAAAUACUGCGAAGUUGAACAGGAAAACAAAGAUCUAUCGAAGCGAUUGCAAUCGAUGGUCGAGAAUGAGAGGAUCAGACUUACUGCAGCGGUUGGCAGUCCUCAGAGAGCGAGAAAGUCAAUAUCAACCAAUGGCAUCACCUCUCCAAACCUGAGCUCUCAACAAUCAACACCAAAUACCCACAUACCAGAUGAAUCGAUUACCAGCAUCAGCAAUAACACCACCACCGACACAACAACCUCUGACUCUACGGCCAACCAAGAAGACGAGGAGAGUGAAGAGUUCAAUGAACUACGUAUUCAAUUGGAACAAAGUGAAAGUGAAAAGAAAAGCCUCAAUGAAUACAAUUUACAAUUACAAUCAGAGGCAUCAGAUAUGAAAUCACAAGAAUUUAAAUUAUUACAGGAAAUUAAAGUAUUAAAAAGUAAUGGUGAUUUACAGUUACAGGAACAUUUAUUAUUUAAAGAGGAUGUUGCUAUGAAAUCAAAGUUACAACAAACACAAAUUACAAAUUUACAAUCCGAACUUCAAUCACUACAAAACAAAUUAAACCAAGAAAAGCAAUAUAAACAAAAAGCUCAAAAUCAACAAAUUGAAAUUUCAAGUAAAUCAAAUGAAAUUGUAAAGAAAUUGGAAGAGCAAAAUCAAUCAUUACAACUACAAGUCGAUAAACAGGUUUGCGAAAAUGAAGAUUUACAACAACAAUACUCACAACUCAUGGAGAAAUGUCAAGAUCUUCAAAAUGAAUUGACAACAGCACAAAGAUUACUAAUGAAUAGAAGAGCAGUUAAAGUUGUUAGAAGCGAUGAGAAAUCAAUGAAGAGAGCAUAUGAAAUUAAAUUGGAUUUCGGUCAACAAUUCCUAAAGAAAACAGGAAAGAAAUUAUAUUAA